AAGGACGGUAGGUGGACGCCGUUAUUGAGAAUCCGUCAAGAUAAACGAAGGAUUUGUGUUCCUCAACGAAAGCGCAGAAGUAGAGCCACUCAGCCGCAUCCAUGGCGUUGCUCGGCCUGAACAUGCCCUUACCGUCUACUUCAGCCACAGUUCCGUCGCUUUUCCCUUCGUCUUCGUCUUUCUCUUCUACAUCGUGUUCUUUUCCCAAAUCCUCCUCUUCGAUCCUCACUCGUCGACCUUUUCUUUGUUCCUCUCUCUUGUUCGUUCCGUCUCUCCACCACCUUUCUGCAACUCUUCUCGUCCCAACCCGUCGGUUACAGAGGCACAUCGUUCGUAUGGCUCCGGAAGAAGAGAAGAUGACUCGUCGCUCACCUCUCGAUUUUCCAAUUGAAUGGGAAAGGCCUAAGCCAGGACGAAGACCAGAUAUAUUUCCUCAGUUUAGCCCAAUGAAGACACCUUUGCCAGCGCCAUUGCCUGCAGAUCCUCCAGAAGAGGAUGAGGAAGAAGAAGAAAAGAAAGAGGAAGAAGAGGAAGAGGAAAAUCCUGAGAAGGAAGAGAACGAUGAGCCAGGACUGCAAUAAUGAAUUGAUUGAGUAGCCUUCGGUACUCCUGAGGUCAUUUUGGUAUCUCCUACCACACUGCUACUUGCCAACCAAUAUGCAGCCUGUCAUGAGGUCACCGUAUGCAAAUGGAAAUUUGAGCCGUCUUUCACGUCCUGUAGCUAAUACUUAACGCAAUAAUUUCUAAUGCAUGAUUGGAAUAAUACUCUUCAUGUUAGGGAGCACUACUAUGAAUGGUUGUGUCUUGGGCAAUUUUGUUUUAAUAUUAAAAUUCUUCUUGUACUUA